AUGCCGACCCACCUUUGCCGAUUCAGCAAGUGGCCCAUCCAGCAAUGCAAGACUCACCUAUUCAAUGAAGAGCCUCUGUUGCAUUCCCAUCACCAUUUCUUGUUGUUGUUGUUGCAGCUGAAAAUCGAGGUGUUGAGACAAGGCAGAGCUUGUUUUUAUGCGGCGUGUCGUCAAUUAAAGUUGAAAGAUGUCAAAGCUAUG